AUGUGUAUAUUUCCUGCUUGGUCGAAUGGUGAUGCAACCCUAUUUGAGAGUGAACGAUGUGUUCAUCAACAGGUUAAUAAUGGAUGGAGAAAAUUACCAUGUACAUCCUACCUCAGGUUCGCAUGUGAAAAAGCUCCGAGUCCACGCCCAAUCCUUCCCAUACGCAUAAUAGCAGCUACUCCAUCACCCUACGGAGGAGGUCUACUGGAUGCGUCAUUUAUCUGUCUACUCGGCUCAGAGAAUGAAGACAUUCUCACAUUCUCAACCAGAAGACUCGUCCGUCUGACCGAGGCUAUAACUUUCGAUAGUUACACAGCUCCAGGAGACAGCGAUACUGUAUCACCUGUAUUAUUACGGCAGACUCUUCCAGCGACUAUUGAGGGCUUGGGAUUUUUCGAAUGUUCUUCAUUGACAGCCAGUAGAGUGACAUCUGUUCCUCUUGCCAUUCUUCUUUCUACCCGUGAAUUGCAACCCAUUGAUGGUCGGUUUACAAAGACAGUACACGUUGGAGAUGAUAUCACACUCAGUGUGAUGAGCACGACAGGGAUGGUAGGUGAAGACGGAAUAAGAUGGCGGAAAUUCACUGAUAUAGACUGGGCUGAUUCACUCAUUGGAAUGAGUUCUGGCAGUCUAUCACACACUAUCCAAUCUGCAUCUGUCUCAGACGCCGGUGUGUAUGUGACUUACGAGGAUGGAACGUUGGAACAACAUUUAUUCAGCUUUAUAAGACUCAUCGUGAAGGGUACGCUUUUUCACUUCACUCUUUAA